CAUAAAUAUACAUAUACAAAAAUAAUAAAAAUACACAUGUAAAAUAGAAGUAAACUAUCAUUGUGUAAGUAAACAAGUGAUUUUUGUAUUGCUGACAGUUCGCAGUAUUUUUCUCAUUGUUUUGCAAAAUUCAGAUUCAAGAUGAGUUACCACCGAGGAGGUGGUAACAAGCCGAAGGGUUUUGGUUUUGCAGGCUUCCAAAUGUCGGGAUCUAAACGAAGUGGAGCUAAUAUACCACCACCAAGUAUUAAUUCAAAUUUAAGUAAACAAGGAUAUCAUACAAUGAAUUCAAUAACAGAAAAUGCUCUCUCGGCUUGUUGGGGUGUUCCAAAGAAACGCAGUAAAACCGAAGAAGAAUAUUUCGACGACGACGAUGAUGCAGCAGCAGCAGCAGCACCGACCUCUUCUCUAGAAUAUAUUCCAGCACCAGGUUCACCGACCUACGAAUUAAUGAAAAAAACCGAACAAAAGAAGGAGAGUGACAGUGAGGAAGAUCCAUUGGACGCUUUUAUGGUUGGCAUUGAAGCCGAAGUGAAGAGAAAUACAUACGAAGCUGAACUUGCCGAGGAAGAGAAAAAGGAGGAGAAGAAUAAAGGUUUCCGACAAGACAUCGAUGGCGAAGACAACGAAGAAAGUUAUUAUAGAUACAUGGAAGAAAAUCCCACAGCUGGACUACAGCAAGAAGAUUCCGAUCAGGAAAUUGAGUACGACGAGGAUGGAAAUCCAAUAGCGCCGCCUAAAAAGAAGGAAAUUGAUCCCUUACCACCGAUUGAUCACAGUGAAAUUGAAUAUGAACCAUUUGAGAAAAACUUUUAUAAUGUUCACGACGAAAUUGCCGUAUUGAGUAAGCAACAAGUUGAUGAAUUGAGAAAAACAUUGGGAAUUAAAGUUUCCGGUCCUUCACCACCAUUCCCCGUGACGAGUUUCGGUCAUUUUGGCUUUGACGAAGUGAUGAUUAAGGCAAUUCGCAAAAAUGAAUACACACAACCGACGCCAAUUCAAGCGCAAGCAGUUCCAGCUGCUCUUGGUGGUCGGGAUAUUAUUGGAAUUGCCAAAACUGGAAGUGGUAAAACAGUCGCUUUCAUUUGGCCAAUGUUGGUGCACAUUAUGGAUCAAAGGGAAUUGAAAGAGGGCGAUGGUCCUAUUGGCUUAAUUUUGGCACCGACUCGAGAAUUAUCUCAGCAGAUUUAUCAAGAAGCGAAGAGAUUCGGAAAAGUCUAUAACAUCCAAGUUUGUUGCUGUUAUGGCGGUGGAAGCAAAUGGGAACAAAGUAAAGCACUCGAAGGCGGUGCAGAAAUUGUCGUCGCAACUCCCGGUAGAAUGAUUGAUUUAGUGAAAAUAAAAGCGACCAAUUUGCAGAGAGUUUCAUUUUUAGUUCUCGACGAAGCUGACAGAAUGUUUGACAUGGGAUUUGAACCACAAGUUCGAUCAAUUUGUAAUCAUGUGAGGCCUGAUAGGCAAACAUUAUUGUUUAGUGCGACAUUUAAGAAGAAAGUGGAAAAAUUGGCGCGUGAUGUUUUAACGGAUCCAGUGAGAAUAGUUCAAGGCGAUGUUGGCGAAGCAAAUACAGAUGUGACACAAAAUAUUGUCAUGUUUUAUAAUAAUCCAACUGGCAAAUGGAAUUGGUUAUUGCACAAUAUUGUUGAAUAUCUGAGUUCUGGUAGUUUAUUAAUAUUUGUUACCAAAAAGCUGAAUGCAGAAGAAUUGGCGAAUAAUCUUAAAUUAAAAGAAUACGAAGUAAUGUUACUUCAUGGAGACAUGGACCAAAUUGAAAGAAAUAAAGUGAUAACUGCUUUUAAGAAGAAGGAAGUUAGUAUUUUGGUUGCGACAGACGUUGCAGCUCGUGGAUUGGAUAUUCCGCAUAUCAGAACGGUGAUAAAUUAUGACGUGGCUCGUGAUAUUGAUACUCACACUCAUAGGAUAGGAAGAACUGGAAGAGCUGGAGAAAAAGGUACGGCGUAUACCUUGGUAACGGAAAAGGAUAAGGAAUUUGCAGGACAUUUGGUGAGGAAUCUUGAGGGAGUGAAUCAAGAAGUUCCCAAAAGUUUAAUGGAUUUGGCACUGCAAAGUUCUUGGUUCAGGAAAUCGAGAUUUAAAGGAGGAAAAGGAAAAAGUUUGAAUGUCGGUGGAGCUGGUCUUGGCUUCAGAGGAAAAGCAGAAAUUCCAAAGGAACAGAGUGGAGGUCCUUCUACUCAGCAACAAAAGGACAUAAGUGAAGUCGUCAAAAAAUUAGAGAAACAAGGACCAGGAAGCGAUCGACUUUCAGCUAUGAAAGCUGCAUUCAGAAGUCAAUACACAUCUCAGUUUAGAGCAUCAUCCGACCACACUUGGGAACAAACAAUUGUUCCUCCUUCAAUAAUAAUGCCUCCACCACCUCCAAUUACGGCAAAUAGUUCCGAGGAACAAACGGACAAUCAGGAUUCAAGUUCAUUAGGAACAGAAAAGUCUGAACGAAAAAGGAAACGAAAGAGCCGAUGGGAGUGAUUACUGGUUUUUCGGAACUUACCAACUAUGUAUAUACAUCAUUUCCCACGAAAUACUGUGGUAAUGAUGUUUUAUUUGAUUUUAUAAUAAAUCUUAAUUUUAAAAUCGUAAA